GAGGGCAGCCCCCCCCCUCCCUCAUCGUCUCUCUAUCAGACGGGCUGUGCUGAGCUCCUGAGGAUACACAGCCCUGCCCAGCAGCGGCUUUGCCCAUUUGAAGAGGUGACCUAUGCAUGCCAAGUAGUUCUAAGUCCGGGGAUAUCCCCGUGUUUUUGUUUAGUAUGAGCAUGGAAGAUUAUGACUACCUGUUCAAAAUAGUUCUGAUAGGAAAUGCUGGAGUUGGGAAGACAUGUCUCGUCCGGCGCUUUACUCAGGGCCUUUUCCCACCUGGACAAGGGGCUACUAUUGGAGUAGAUUUCAUGAUUAAGACUGUGGAAAUCAAAGGGGAGAAGGUCAAGCUACAAAUAUGGGACACAGCUGGACAGGAGAGAUUUCGCUCCAUUACUCAGAGUUAUUACCGUAGUGCCAACGCCCUCAUUCUUACGUAUGACAUUACCUGUGAGGACUCCUUCAGGUGCCUUCCAGAGUGGCUGAGGGAGAUCGAGCAGUAUGCCAACAACCAAGUGGUGACUAUAUUAGUCGGUAAUAAAAUAGAUCUGGCAGAGAAGAGAGAGGUCCUCAGGCAGAGGGCUGAAGACUUUGCCGAGGCUCAGAGCAUGCUGUACCUGGAGACGUCAGCCAAAGAGUCUGACAACGUUGAGAAACUUUUUCUCGACCUGGCCUGCGAGCUCAUUCGAGAGGCGAAGCAGAACAAGCUGGAUAACAGUGACACUGCCCCGAUGCCUGGAGAGGGUAAAACCAUCAGUUACUUGAGCUGCUGCAACAUAAAUUAGAGAAAGCUCAGCCAUGGGGCCGUUUUAACAGAGUAGCCAUUGACUGUAGAGGUUAGAUGACUGAUCCCCAAUGCCUCCGUCCCACUAAGAUGGCAUAAAGCCACAUCUUAGUCUGGUCAUUUCUAGUCCCAUGCCUUUUUUAAGCUGUACAAUGGAAUUUAUUACCUUAGUUUGGUCUUCCAGGACCGAGCAUUUUAAGAUGCUGCCAUUAUGGAGAACGUUUUUCCUCAGUGCAACAGGAUGUAAAGUGUUUCCCUGAUACAGCCGAGAAUCUGAGUAAAGUUCAGUUUUAUGAUCCUCACGGUGAAAUGGCAGGAUUGUUGUUUUGGUUUUUUUUUCCUUUUGGGAUUUUAGAAUCCAUUUUCAUCAAAUCAGUUUUCACCAGCAGUAUUAAAAUGAGUGAAAAGCUUUGCCAGGUAUUUUGUUACAAAUCCCACAUAGUUUACAAAAGAAUAAUGAAUCAUUGGAGGUGAUAGGUUAAUGGUAACAAUGUGUUUACAUACAGUACAUCUCAUCGAUUAACAGGUUUGAUUAAAUUGUAAACAAAAACGUUGCAAAAAUGACCCUAAAAUCUGUUGCACAAUCGUUUAUUGUCCACUGCAGUUUCUUCUGCUCUGAGAUUUGUGUACAAUUUGUGUAACUUUUAUAAUUUUACUCCUGAAUCAUUGUUUGCACCUGUUGUUACAUACUGUGAAAUAUUAGUUCCCAAUAUAUGAUUUUACCUGCUGCUAAAAUGUGUUUGUCAAAUAAAAUAAACUGAAAAACACGUAUAAAUGCUACAGUAUUCUGUGACGCCAUUAUUAUUAUUAUUAUUAUUAUUAUUAUUAUUAUUUUAGUAUACUUGCAGUGCUUGUGAUUAGUCCGUUUAUUUAGUAUGACGCAAUUGGAAAGGCCAUCAUCAGCAGACUUUGUCAGCCGUUUAUUUAAAUUAGAUUUUUUUUUUUUUUUGGUCAUGUUUUUCUUACCCAUAGGCGUAAAUAUUUCUGCCUCUGUUGUUGCUGCCUAGCCAUGAAAUUAUUUGAAGGGUUAUGUUAAUGUAGUUUUGUAUUACGUGUUGUAUUUCAUAUGCUUUUAUUGUAAAAUUUUCUCAAUUGUUCAGCAUGGUUAACCAUUUUUUUUGUAGUGUUUAAAUUUAUCUUUCCUAUAUUUGCCAUAACUGUAAAGUACUGUAUUGCACAAUGCCAUAUACUGCACACUUAUUUUUAUUAUAACAUGUUGUCUUUUAUUGUACAGUAGUACAAUUUAGCACUUUGCUUUUAUAAUUUUGUAUUUUUCCAUAAUCCCUUUGUAAAACUAGCGAGCAUUUUGUUUUGCCUUUAACAGCAGUUGCUUAUAACUAAUCCCUUGCAUCUUCCUGUGAAGUCUCUAUGGGAAAUACAAAGGAAACACCAUUGGGAUGUUGUGCUUCUUUUCCUUUAUGUGUACAAAAUGAUCCCUGGAAUAUUCUGUAUAACAUUAAACCUCUAAAUACUCUUAA